AUGUAAAUCGAAGUAGGCAUAGUACUGAUAGUUAUUGGUUUUAUGAUUCCUGUGGUUGGUUUCUUUGUAUAUCGCAAAGUAAGAGCUGCCAGACUAAAGUCACUUAAAGGGGAAAUAUUUGAUAAGGAAUGCGAUUUUUUUGACAUUGAAAAAGAAGGGAAAACAAUGAAAAUUGUCCUUUAAAACAGAAAGUUUUUAUAAAAUUCAUAAGCUAUAGUCUAAAAGAUUGGAUUGAGCAAACAGAUUACCAAAAAGCCGAAGGGUGAAACAGCUAUACUAUAUUUUUUUGAAGAUGUUGCGAAAAGAAAAUUAAAAGUAAUACCAAAUAUCUAAGAUAUUUCAGUUGAUUUGCAUCAAAUACCAUCAAAGCAAUAACUAACAUAGGAAAAAGAAGAUGAAGUAGCAAAGGAGUAGCAGUAGAUUAUAGAUAACAGUGACAUAAAACUAGAAUUAAGACAACUUGAGCCAGAAGAAAAUGAAAAUGCAAUCAAUAACUAAAGUGAUUAACAUAAAUUUGAGGACAAGGAUGUAGGUAUUUCUGCUAUAAGUGCAAAUCAGCAAAGCAAUAAUUACAAUCACACAGACACCAAUUAAGCAUUAGAUUUGAUGGAUGAGUCUGCCAAUGAUCUUAAAAUAGAAAUCACCAAUAUGUCCAAAUUCAAUAAUAGGUCAAAUAACAAAAAUAAUAAUAAUGAUAGAAGUUUAAUGAUCAAUCCUGAUCUCUCUGAUAUCCUUAAUAAUCCUAGUAAGACCCCUGAAUUCCAAAAUAAGCCUGUCGUUAAUUAUUAUGAGAAUGAAUCAGAAGAUCUUAGUAUGCUAAAAGAAAUCAUGAGCUAGAGAUCAGAAAAAGGAAACAACAAUGAUAUAUCAAUUGUUAGCCGAAGUUAGCCAAAAUAUUUCUAGCCAUCACCCUUUAAAAAGAACGACAUAUCAAUUUUAAACAAUUCUCAUUUGAAUGACAAGUCUACAGAUUGCAUUAUGAGUUAGAAAGUAGACAGAUUUUAAUAGCAUUAGAUAAUUACCUAGAAAAACUAAUAGUUACUUUAAGUUUAACAAUAAAAUUCAUCCAACAAAUAGAACUUAUAAAUGAGUAUUGGCAAAGAUGAUUCAAGUGUUGACAUAAAUGCUUUCGAUGAAAAACUAUAAACAUAAGAGAAAUAGCCAUAUUUUAAGUCAGCAAAUAAAUAGCAGGACCGUACGAAGAAACUGUUUUAUCGUUAACCAUUCGCAAGACCACAAUAAGUUUAUUAAGAAACCCUAUAAAUAUCAUCUGAUGAAGAUGAGAAAAUGAUAUUUAGGUAAGAUUUAGAUGAGUCUGCUAUGAUAGCUGAAUAAGAAAUGGUUAAGGAAAUGUCUAAAAAAAUAAAGUGA